AUGAUCCAGUUAAACUUUGAAGAUAUAAGAAAUAUGGCUGGAUUUUAUUCUGUUUGUUCAAUUGUAUUGUAUCUUAUUACAGUGCUUACCAACUUCUUGGUUAUUACAGUAGUUUUAGUUAAAAAAGAACUCCAUGAGCCAAUGUAUAUAUUUUCUACUAACUUGCUAUUUAAUGGCAUUAUUGUCAGCACUGCUUUUCUUCCUAAAUUAACUGCUGAUAUUUUAUCAGAAUCUAAAACGAUUUCUAUUUUUGCUUGCUAUUGUCAAAUGUACUUUAUGCAAGUGUUUAUUCUCACUGAACUGGCACUGUUGACUGUGAUGGCAUAUGACCGUUAUGUUGCAAUUUGCAAACCUUUAAGGUAUUCUUCAAUUAUGACUCUUAAGGCAGUACGUGGGCUUUCAGCUCUUCCAUGGCUUUACUCUGUAUCAAUCUGUAAUAUAGGAAUGAUUUUAUGUACCAGGCUCCAGUUGUGCAGCUUCACACUACAAAAACCUUAUUGUGAUUAUUAUUCUAUUUUAAAAUUGUCCUGCACAGACUAUUUCAUGCAUAAUGUGUACGGAAUAGCGGUAGCUGUUGUUACAGCUGCAGUUCCCCUAUCAGUUAUUAUUCAUUCAUAUAGCAGUAUAACACACAUUAGUUUACAGUUAUCCAAAGAAUCAAGGAUGAAAGCCUUUCAUACUUGUUUACCUCAUUUACUUGUCCUUGCACUCUAUGUGAUUGGUGUUCUCUUUAUGGCAGUUCAACAGCGUUUGUCCACCAGUAAUGUUCCUUCUGGUGCACAUACAUUUUUGUCACUGGAAUUUCUUAUUGUACCUCCCCUUGCCAAUCCAAUUAUUUAUGGGCUAAGAACAAAGCAAAUUAGGUCUUCAUUAAUACAGUUCUGCAACAGAAUGAAAAACAAGACCUAA